GUGUCACAUGUUCACUGCAACAUGGCUGCUACCAUAGAGUGUGGAGUUGAUAUAAAUUCUUCCAGUAACAACAUGUCCCUAAAGAAAGCUCUGUCUGCAGCUUCCCCCCUCACUCUGCGCAUCGUUGCUGAAUGCCCGGUGACCAAAGCAAGAGCUUGUGAUCUAAUACUGCCACACUGCGCCGUCAGCACCCCGGUCUUCAUGCCCGUCGGUACCCAGGGGACUCUGAAGGGAAUCACCGUGGAUCAGCUGGAGGGUCUUGGAUGUCAGAUUUGUCUUGGAAACACGUACCACCUGGGCAUGAGACCGGGGCCUGACUUAAUCGAGAAAGCCAAUGGGUUGCAUGGGUUCAUGAACUGGAAGAGGAAUCUUUUAACUGACAGCGGUGGGUUUCAGAUGGUGUCUCUUGUUGAGCUCUCGGAGGUCACCGAGGAAGGAGUAAAGUUCAAGUCCCCCUACGACGGCAAAGAGAUCCUCCUAAGUCCUGAGAAAUCCAUCAGCAUACAGAACAGUCUCGGGUCAGACAUCAUGAUGCAGCUGGACGAUGUGGUCAGCAGUACAGUGACGGGUCCACGGGUGGAGGAGGCGAUGCACAGAUCCAUUCGCUGGCUCGACCGCUGUAUAGCAGCCAAUAAAAAUCCACACAAACAGAACCUUUUUGCCAUCAUCCAAGGAGGGUUGAAUGCAGAGCUGCGCAAGGCCUGUCUAGAUGAAAUGACUCAACGCGACGUUCCCGGUUUUGCCAUCGGCGGCCUGAGUGGAGGAGAGGAAAAGGACGACUUCUGGCGGAUGGUCACACUGAGCACUGACCAUCUACCAAGAGAAAAGCCUCGAUACCUGAUGGGUGUGGGGUACGCUGUGGAUUUGGUGGUGUGUGUAGCUCUGGGAUGUGACAUGUUUGACUGCGUGUUCCCCACCCGCACUGCAAGGUUUGGCUCUGCCUUGGUGCCUUGGGGGUCCCUCCAGGUAAAACAUAAGCAGUAUGCCAAGGACCUCCAGCCCAUAGACCCAGACUGCCAGUGUCCCACCUGCAAGAGACACAGUCGGGCAUACCUCCAUGCUCUGUUUAAGAGUGACACUGCCGCCAUGCAUCACAUCACUAUCCAUAAUAUUGCCUACCAGCUCACCCUGAUGCGCUCUGUGAGAGAGAGCAUUGUGGAAGGCCGCUUCCCUGACUUUAUACGGACGUUCAUGAAGCAAAUGUUUCCCUCUCGUGACCAGUACCCCGGCUGGGCUGUGGAUGCUCUAGCCUCCGUCAACAUUACGCUGGAGUAGAACCUGGAAGGCAGCUGUUACUCAAAAUGGGGAUAAAUGUCAAAACAUGACUGAAAGAUUUAAUAUCUUUUUAAAUGACUUUUUUUUUUAAUGGAUAAUUCUUUUCUACUCUUUGUUUAUAUUUGUAUAUGCAUUGCCAGUUUUGUUGGCAAUGAGGAAAAUGGCUUUCGAUCUGAAGGGAGAACGCCUGAUUAUCUUUUGCAACAACCUGCUAUACUCAACCUCUGCAAAUUGUCCUCAGAGUACACAUUAUGAUAAUGUGAGACUGAAUGGGGUUUAAAUGAGGUUUGAAACACAUGAACUAUCUCCUCUGAUAUGCUCAGACACUUUUUGUUGUUACCAUGGCUACACAGCUAGGCCCACCCACUUGAAAUGUAAUGUUUUGCCUUCUUAUCAACCAUUUUUGUUUUUUUUUCUGCCUGAGUGCAUUACAGAGGUAGUUCAGUAUUAAUAAAUGUGUAUGCAUUCUGGUGUUUUAACCCACAUCUGAAGAGACGAGUAGUUGUCAGCUAACUGUCUGAACGAUAAAUGAAUCAAGCUCAGUACAGACUGUGUGCUUGUGCCAUGAUGUCCACCAGAGGGCAAAAAAGACAAAACAAGAGCCAAGUCUCACUGUAAAACUGAAUGAUAUGCUGUAGAAGUUUCCUUAUAGAGUAAACCGCAGCUCAGCUGUUUUAAAGUAAAAAUAAAACAUGAUUACAGUAAGAUUAGACAAAUGAGCUGAAAUGUAAGAGAGCACAAAAACACUGAUUUCAAAAUGUUUUACACUAAAGCUUCAGCUUCAACAUCCAUCUAAAUAGUAUCAAAUCAUUCUUAUCCAUUAUUAUUCUUCAUUUUCCCAUCAAUUCAAUAGGCAAUAAUCCUUGUUGACCCUCUGAGGGAAGGUUUUGUUUGGAGCUUGCAGAGGUGCUGGUUAGUCAAGGCUUGAUUGUGGGUGAUUAAUAUUAAUAUUCUGGAAGUUAAUUUGAA